CAUAAUAUCCUACUGUAGGCAUGCAACUAUACUCAUUUCACUAUGAGGCUUACAUUAUAUGUCCUGAAGUUUGGGAAGAUUCCAGGGCGCCUAAGAUACGGAAAACAUCAAUUGCCUCAUCACAUUUCUGAAAAGAGCAGGGCUGAAUUUGUCAAGUUUUUACAAAUUGAAUUGGAGAAUGAAAUGUGGCUCACGAGGCCCUAUCUAUCAAAAGCACAAGAAGAGUAUUUGCCGAAUGGUACAAGGUUUACUGCCCCAGAACAUAGGUGGAAGAACACUACUUCAAUAGAAUUGGAAGAUGAGCUGAGAGAGUUUAAAAACUUGCGCUACAGAAUAAAUAUUCCUUCUCAUGUUGCUUUAGAAGACAGAUGGUCAUCACUUCAUAUUGAGGCCAAAUGGGAAAGAAAUAAGGACAUCACUGUGAAUAGAUUUCAAAAAUAUAGUGAAAUGGCCCAAAUCAAGAGGAUUCCAGAUCGACUACCUAGGCCUGUGGAUAAAUGGAGUGAGUGGGAGCGUGUAAAGGGUGUAAAGCAAAAUAAAAGUCUGGAGUGUUAUAAUAGUGACUCUAGUGAAACAUAAAUUUGCUGCCAUAUCUGGACAUAAGACUGGGUGAGAUUUUGUCAUUUGCUCAUAUGAAAAAAUCAUUUUACGAUCCUUCUUGACCAUCAAGCCCAUGCAGCAAAAUAAAUACCUGG